AUGACAUUCAAUGUGUUUAAAGCCAUGAGUUACCCACACAACUCAUUAGGAGAAUGUAUGAGGUUGGACUCCGUAGAGGCUUUGGUACAAGAAACUCUUAAAGAAGAACUUGAAGCAUCAACAGAAGAAGAAUUAGCAGCAAGCGAGGAAGCUGCAACUGCUGAAAUACAUGUUCAAGGCAUGCUAGAAGAAAAGAAGGAAGGAAAAGAAGUGCCCAAACUGGAGCUUAAAACACUGCCAACCACCCUCAAAUAUGCAUACUUGGGAGAAAAUAAAAGUUAUCCAAUGAUCAUAAAUUCAGCCCUCAGCCAAGAACAAGAGGAAGAGUUGCUUCAAGUCUUGCGAAAGCAUAAGGAUGCCAUUGGAUGGACACUUGCUGACUUGAAGGGAAUCAGUUCAGCCAUAUGCAUGCAUAAGAUACUCCUGAAAGAAGGUGCCAAACCGUCCAUUCAGCCCCAAAGAAGGUUGAAUCCAGCAAUGAAGGAAGUAGUGCAGAAAGAAGUUAUGAAAUUGUGGCAGGGUGGAGUAAUCUAUCCAAUUUCAGAUAGCCAAUGGGUCAGUCCAGUUCAAGUGGUUCCCAAGAAAGGAGGAAUCACUGUGGUGCCCAACGAAAGGAAUGAGCUAAUCCCUACAAGAACCAUCACAGGCUGGAGAAUGCGCAUGCCAUUUGGGCUAUUUAAUGCACCAGCAACUUUUCAACGCUACAUGCUCUCCAUCUUUUCAGAUAUGAUAGAGAAGUUCAUUGAAGUCUUCAUGGAUGACUUCUCAGUAUUUGGAGAUUCCUUCCCUAAUUGCCUAAACCAUCUUGCCUUGGUAUUGAAAAGAUGUCAAGAAACCAAUCUAGUCUUGAACUGGAAAAAAGGUCAUUUCAUGGUGACAGAGGGAAUAGUUCUUGGCCAUAAAGUUUCUAAUCAAGGUAUUGAGGUAGACAGAGCUAAGGUGGAGCUAAUUGAAAAGUUACCUCCACCAAGUGAUGUCAAGGAGUUCAACAUCGAAAUUAGAGACAAAAAGGGUGUGGAGAACAAAGUGGCAGACCAUCUAUCCAGAAUACCUUGUGAGAAGAAUGAUGCCCAUGAUAUAGUUGUAAAUGAAUUCUUCCCAGAUGAGUAG